GAUUUGAGGCACAACAGGUCCAUACUUCUUCAAGCUUCCGGUGUCCCGCGCUUCGGCUCAACUGCAAUGGCAGCUUUCAGCAAUGGAGCAUGCGGCCGCAGCAGCAAUCGCAGAAAAAACCAACUCCCUCCUCUUGGUGUUGGUUUCUUCCUUGCUGUUGUAGCUGAUCGUAUUAUUUUCGAGUUCUGUCGCCUUUGCGGCCAUGGCCUUGGCCGUGGCAGCACCACAGCAGGCGAUUGUGGGAGGUUGUUUCGCAAUGGCCGCGGCUGA